GGCGGCCGCCAGUUUCGUACGUGACAGCGUCUAGGGAUGGCGCUCGUGCGGCGGACCGAUUCCCCAGCAAACAGGGGCGAGUGUCGUUAGUCGGGACGUGGAUGUGGUGUGUUCUGGUGUGAUCUGAGAGCCUGGUGCCCCUCCCGGCUACAACGGUGCUGGCGUGGACCAUACUCCGCACAUUCUCAAUUUGGAACAUCAAUUUAAUGUAGUGAAUGUGCAAAAUACGGUAUUGAUUAAGGUGAUUAUAAGGAAAAAGAAUUACCACAACUUUUGACGGGCGAUGUUAUGAUUAUAUGAGUGAUGUGCCGUGUUUAAGGCCGAUGAUGUGGCUCGGCUCCGGCGGGCCAGCACGAGUGAGGAAAAAGCUGCUGCUGCUGCUGCUGCUGCCGUUCCUGCAACGUUAAAGACAAUCUGAUAUGCGUGUCGCCGAUCUCCUGACUCUCUGCACUACUAGGCACGCGGAGGAGGAAGAGGAAAUGUAAGAGAAAAAGAAGGAGGAGGCACUGUUCAGCUCGAACCCCUCUUAUCCUUAGUGUUCAUGCCACGGGUAUACUGGUGAGGUAAUUUGAAAAUACUUUUUAGAUGCAAUAGCCACAAAACAAUUGUGUAUAUGAAUGUAUGUACGUAUGUAUGUACAUUACCUAUAUUUAAGUAUUUGUACCGUCAAAGUGACUCGAACAACUGUCAAACAUCGACUUAGCAAACACGUAAAAUCAAAGCCACGGGCAAAAGUGACAAGGUGAUGCUGAGGACGCAGGGAACUCAGUAUGAUACAUGGAAAGAAGCAUAACGACAGUACUCCUCAAGAAACUGCCUCCUUAGUAUAUCAGAGACUCUAGAAUAAAACACUGAGAGAGGCAUUGCGAAGCCCCUCUAGCAUCAGCCUCCUAGCCAUCAAGGGGGAGCUGGAAUCAUACAAGAAGAGGCAUUACAGAACCCAUUAAUCAGCAGCCCCUUAAAGUAUCACACGGCGAGGAGCUCCAGUGAUCCAUCUAGCGCCUACAGAAAAUUUAGUGGCUGUCGUGUCCUCCUGUCAGGAUCCCGAGUGCUGAAAGUGGAGCAAAAAGCGUUAGUCAGUCCCUAAGGCUCUAUCUAUCGCUGCUGAGCCGACCUCGGGAGCUUCGGCUAAACGACGGCGAUGGCGACUUACACGGUUCUAGUUUUUCUGGCCUCGGUCGUCUGUCUUCAAGCCACCGAGGAAACUGAUGUGCUGGCGCAGCUCACCGUGCUGGCCAACGAGACGGUGAAGAUCCCUUGUGACCUGUCCACCCGGGGCCUGGCGGACGUGGCUCUCAUUGUGUUGUGGUAUCGCGGCGCAUCACCUGCACCCUUCUACAGCUACGACCUGAGGCAGACGGGUGGUCGGCACUGGAGCGACGAGACGGUGUUCGGGCAGCGGGCACAGUUUGACCUGAAGCUGACGCCGCCGAGCCUGCGCGUGAGCCCCGUGCGGCCCAGCGACCAGGACACGUACCGCUGCCGCGUGGACUAUGAGCACGGCCCCUCCAAGACCUCCACCGUCCACCUGGCCGUCAUAGUGCCUCCCUCCCCGGCGGUGGUGACGGACGAGAGCGGCUCCGUGGUGGCGGGCACGGCGGGGCCUUACCUGGAGGGCGGGAGAGUCAUCCUUACCUGCAAGACGAUUGGAGGCCGGCCGUCGCCCACGCUGGUGUGGUUGCGGGAUGGGCGCCUCGUGGAGGACUCCUACACUGUGGACCACCGAGGCCAAGUCAGGAACCUCCUCCACCUGGAUAACCUGUCCCGGCAGUUCCUGGACGCCACCUUCACCUGCCGCGCCACCAACAACAACAUCACGCAGCCCCUCGACACCUCCGUCACCAUCAACAUGACACUGGCUCCGCUUACGAUCUCGCUGCUGAAGGUCGCCGGGUCGCAGGAUUACGUGUCUGCGGGGGUGACGGAGGAGCUCGAGUGCACGUCCGCGGGGAGCAGACCAGAGCCCACUAUGUCCUGGUGGCGCGACAGCCGACGCAUCACCAACCCGAGUGUGCAGCAGGUCCGGCUGGUCAACAAGACUGUCUCCACCCUGAGGAUCGUGGCUCAGCCCAGCGAUCACGGCGUCGUGUACACCUGCCGCGUCGAGAACCCCCUGCUGCCCACCUCCGUCCUUGAGGAAUCCUACAAACUCAACGUCCACUACGUGCCUCAAGUGGACCUGGUGAUGGGCAUGGGCAUUAUACCCAAGUCGGUGAAGGAAGGUUCAGACGUGUUCUUCGAGUGCCAUGUCAAGUCCAAUCCGAAGUUUUACAAGAUUACAUGGAUACACGAGCCCGACAAAAUGAUGAGGAUGAUGCCUCAGAGUCAGUGUAAUGGUGUUCAGGGCAGUGAGGGCUGUGUUGGCGGUGCCUUCCCACAGGGGGCGGUGAUCCACCACAACGUGUCGGCCGGCAUCAUCGUGUCCAACCAGUCGCUUGUGCUGCAGAAGGUGGGCAGGGAGCGCGCCGGCCGCUACUUCUGCCGCGCCACCAACCUGCAUGGAGAGGGCGUGUCCACCCCCAUCACCAUCACCAUCAUGUACACGCCGGUGUGUUCGCCCGGCCAGCAGCGGGAGUACCAGGUGGCGCACCACGAGACGGCUAACAUCACCUGUCGGGUGGACGCAGUGCCGGACAAUGUCACCUUCACGUGGAAGUUCAACUCGUCAGGCUCUUUACUUGAGUUGGGGGAGGGCCGAGCGGCAUCCUGGGGCACAACGAGCGUGUUGGCCUACACCCCUGCCUCUCCUGGGGACUACGGCCUCCUGCUGUGCACGGCCACUAACUCAAUUGGCACUCAACACCUGCCCUGUGUCAUUAACGUCACGGCAGCGAAGCCGCCAGACCUGCUGGAGGAGUGUGUCAUAAGGAACCAGACGACCCACUCCGUCUUCGUGACGUGCAAAGGCGUCCCCACCGAGCUUCCCCGUAAAUUCACAAUGGAGGUGCGAAAUUCUGAAGACCUUCAGUUGGUAACUAAGGUAACCAACUCUACCCCUCACUUCGUGGCGUCAGGCCUCGACCCGGGCACAGCCUACACCCUGCACGUGGCCGUCCACAGUCCCAUGGGCGCCUCCACGCCCAUCAAGCUGCAAGCCUUCACCGUCAAGACAGCGGAGAAAAGAAUGGGCAUAAGCGAGCCCGAGGAGGAGGUCCUUGCCGUGUCCCCCUUGGUGGCUAUCUUGGCCGGUGGCUCUGUGGCAGUCGUCAUCACGCUAGUCGUUAUCAUCGGCAUCGCCAUCAAACGGUGUCCCAGGAGGCGACCGCCAGCCGGGGAUGCGAGCUACGCCGUCGGCUCCCACGUGUCGGACACGUCACCCAAGGAAACGGUGAGCACCUUCAGCAGGCCGUCGCCCGCGUCAGAGGAACGGAAUCCUGAUCUCAUUCCACAGAAAGAAGGUAAGGGAAAAUGUGACUACCAGCUGGAAGAGCUGCGAGUGCCCAGCUGUCAGGUGGUUGGCGGCGUAUCAUCCUGUCACCAAAUGUCCCACGGUGCCCCCGGUCCGAUCACAGUCACUGUGCCGGUGGCAGGAGGCGUCGUCACCACCUGUCACCAGUCGCAGGACUGGGACGCCUACUACCAACACCAGCUUCACCACCACCACCACCACCGUCACCAUCACCACCAUCAAACCCCUGCACCACCACCUCCUCCCUCAAUUGCCUCCUUUCCCCAUCCACCCUGCGAGGUGAUGGGCGCGCCGCCUCUCUCCCUCCCAGAAGGCAUCCUCCCCCCACCAAAUUACUCCAUGCAGCCCCCCGUUUCGGGCGCCGCCUACACCACACCUGCUCACUUCCUGGGCGGCGGCGAAGUGUCGUCCUCGCCCCACUUGGACCCUCACGCGCACAUCCGGGAUCACACUGACUACGACGGGGGGUCCUUCAGGCACGAGAGCAGCGUAUAGUGCGCGGGAGGCAGCGCUGCCUCGCCGAGCCGCGACAAUAUACCGAGGCGAACUUAGGAACAAUUUUUUCGAGAAAAAUAAUUUUCUAAUGAGAUAAUAUAAUCAAAUGUACGAAGAAAAUCAUUAAC